UUGUAAGAAAUGAAAACAUAGUACAGUCCAUGAAUAGUUGCAGGGCGCGUGUUUGUAAUAAUAUACUUCUGUUAGAACCAGCCAAACUCAACUACAUCAUACCAUAUUCCUCUCUCUCUCUCUCUCCUCUCCGUUUCUCUGUCUACACUAACUCCAUUGCUCUCUCUCUCUCUCCCCCUCUGCUGUUAGCUAUAAAUUCGAAGCCUCCAAAAUUAAGCUGAAUUUCCCCGCAAUCAUUCCUCAAACCCCCCCCCCCCCCCCCCGGCGGCGCCACCUUUCUCCCAAGGGCUCGCCGCCGGCGUCCGCCAUGGACCCCACUUAAAAAUGCAACAUACGGCGCCAUGGACGAAAUCACAACUCUAAACUACGAAAGACGAGAGCCGAGGUGCAUUGAUUAGUUAAUUCGAGUGGUCGAGCAAUGGCGGCGAGCAACGCCGGCGGCGUGACGGGCACGACGACGGUGGAGUCGAGCGGGGUGUCCUCGGACGAGCUCGCGGCGAAGGUGGCCCACAAGAGGUUCGAAGGGCUGGUGAUGGUACGGACGAAGGCGAUUAAGGGGAAAGGCGCGUGGUACUGGGCCCACCUGGAGCCGAUUCUCGUCCACAACUCCGACACCGGCCUCCCCAAGGCCGUCAAGCUCCGCUGCUCCCUCUGCGACGCCGUCUUCUCCGCCUCCAACCCUUCCCGCACCGCCUCCGAGCACCUCAAGCGCGGCACCUGCCCCAAUUUCGCCUCCACCCCCAAGCCCAUCUCGUCCGUGCCCUCCUCCCCGUCCCUCUCGGUCGCCACCGCCAGCGUCUCCCCGCCGCCGCAAAACCACCGGAAGCGCAGCUCCGGCACCCGCGCCGCCGCCAACUCCAGCGGCAUUGCGUCGCCGUUCUCGGCGCAGCACGUGCCCCCGUUGACCAUCGUUGACCCGUCGAAAUUCACGGUGGACUUAUCCUACCCCCCCGGCGGCGCCCCGAUCGCCAGCCCCAGCCCCAGCCCCGGCGUGGGCAUCGCCAUCGCGUCCGGCAGCCAGCAGCAGUUGGUGCUUUCAGGCGGGAGAGAGGAUUUGGGAGCUCUGGCAAUGCUGGAAGACAGCGUGAAGCGGCUGAAGAGCCCGAAAUCAUGGGCCGGGCCGACCCUGAACAAAGCCCAAGCGGAGUCGGCGUUGGAUCUCCUGGCCGACUGGGUGUACGACUGCUGCGGCUCCGUGGCGCUGUCCAGCCUGGACCACCCCAAAUUCAAGGCCUUCCUCAACCAAGUGGGCCUCCCCGCCGUCUCAAGAAGAGACCUCACCGGCUCCAGACUGGACGCCAAAUACAACGACGCCAAAGCGGAAUCGGAGGCCAAAAUCCGCGACGCCAUGUUCUUCCAGAUUGCCGCAUACGGCUGGAAGUCCAAGGAAGCCGACGACAGUCUGGUGCAUUUGGCCGUCAAUCUCCCCAACGGCACCAACGUCUUCCGCAAGGCCGUCUUCACCACCAAUCCCGACCACGCCGAGGAGAUUCUGUGGGACACCAUUGUCGACAUUUGCGGGAGCGCCGUGCACCAGUGUGUGGGUAUAGUCUCCGACAAGCGCCUCACCAAUUUGGAGGAUCAGCACCGCUGGAUGGUUAACAUCACCUGUCAAUAUCAAGGCUUCAACGCCUUGAUCAAGGAUUUCGGGAGGGACCUUCCCCUCUUCAGGAACGCUGCCGAUAAUUGCCUCAAACUCGCCUCCUUCAUCAACAACAACUCCCAAAUCCGCCACACUUUCCACAAAUACCAGCUGCAGGAAUACGGCCACGCCGCCCUGCUCAGAGUGCCUCUCCGAGGCCAUGAAACCUCCGAUUUCGCCUUGAUAGAGGACUUGCUCAGCUCCGCCGGCGCUCUGCAGCUUGUCUUUUCAGAUGAAUCGUACAAGAUGGCGCUCAUGGAUGAGCCGGCGGCCAGGGAGAUGGAAGAAAUGAGGAGGAAUCCACACUUUUGGAACGAGCUCGAGGCAGUGCAUUCGUUACUCAAGCUGAUCAGAUCAAUGGCACAAGAGAUUGAAGCAGAGAAGCCGAGAAUCGGGCAGUGCCUGCCUCUCUGGGAGGAGCUCCGCGUGAAGGUGAAGGAAUGGUGCUCGAAAUUCCACGUUGCUCAAGCUCCCAUGGUGGAGAAGAUCGUGGAGAAGAGGUUCAAGAAAAACUACCAUCCAUCUUGGGCUGCAGCCUUCAUACUGGACCCCCUCUACUUGAUCAGAGACGCCACCGGAAAAUACCUGCCGCCCUUCAAAUGCUUGACGAGCGAGCAGGAGAAGGACGUGGACAAGCUGAUAACCCGGCUGGUGUCUCGGGAGGAAGCUCACAUUGCUCUAAUGGAGCUCAUGAAGUGGAGGACUCAAGGGCUGGAUCCAGUGUACGCGCAGGCGGUGCAGCUGAAGCAGAGGGACCCCAGCUCCGGGAAGAUGAGGAUCGCCAACCCGCAGAGCAGCAGGCUCGUGUGGGAGACGUACCUCAGCGAGUUCAAGUCGCUGGGGAAGGUCGCCGUCAGGCUCAUCUUCCUGCACGCCACCUCCUGCGGCUUCAGGCGCAGCUGGCCCGCCAUCAGGUGGGCCCGCCCCCACCACCCGCAGUCCAGGGAUAGGCUGCAGAAGAUGAUCUUCAUCGCUGCUCAUUCCAAAACAGAGAGGCGGGACUUUUCUUCCUCCAAUGAUGAUGACAAGGAUGGAGAGGAGCUUUUCGCCUUGGAAAAUGGUGAGGAUGAUGUGCUCAAUGAGGUUUUUGUUGAUACUUCCUCUGUGAGCAUUUGAUCCUUACAUGGUGAGACCUCCAUGACAAAGUCUGAUGGUUGCAUGCAGCAGCUGUACUGUCUCAUUUCGUUCCGUUUCUCUUAGCAGAGGGCCAAUUCUGUCGCGCCUUACUUUCCUAGCUAGCGCGCUUCUAUCACAUUACUGUCUCCAAAUUCGAGUAGAUCCCCACCCGGAGCAAUCAACCAAAAUCGCGUGGUUGCCUUGAGUUUCUCAACACUCGGACAGAGCCAUGACCGAUUGAGGAAAAGAUCGUUAGGGCGGAGCCAGAAUCUUGGACGAGGCUGUCUGUCGGGCUUGAAGCAAUGACAAAGAUGCUUGAUAGUGAUUUGCUAACAGCAAAAUGAGUUGAUUUUGCAUUUUGCUUUGAGCUAGAGAUGGAGAAAUUAAAUCUUUUAUUAUAGGGUAACUGUUGUAGUUUAAUCCCAAAACAAUUCUUACUGUUGUAGAGUUUUGUCACCUUAGGCUUUUUGCUUCACGUUCCACGAAUCUGUAGUUUAAUUUUGGGGUAGUGUAUAUGGAAUUUAUGUUACGGAUGAAGUAUUUGAUUAAUGUAAUUCGCAUUUCGUAUCACCAA